AUGCUUCUCCCUCAGAUUCACCACGGGAGUUCAGACUUCAUUGUUAGCUCCUCAACAAGGAGCCACCCCAGCGCUGCUGGCACCGUGAACUUCCAAACACUCAUCGUUGACGUGCACCAUGUCCAUGAGCAUGGAGAAAGUCUGGCAGAGCUGCUCAUUUCUGCCAGCAUUUGCUCUCUCCCUCCAGGAUGCAUGCUCUGUCACCGGGCAGAGGACGACCCAGUUAGGUGUACAAACAGGGUGGAGCACAGAGGCAUCGUGGCCCAUGCCUUUUGCCUGCUUUUUGCCAACGACCUCUAUAAGAAGGGGGUCAAGGUAUCUAAAUGGACAGGAUUUCGCACCACAGAUAUUCAAUGGACAAUUGAGCAAGCAGCACAGAAGCACUGCUUCAUCUGUGGCGAGAGCGGGGCCUCCAUCACCUGCCAAGAGAUGGGCUGCGACCGCAGCUUCCACCUGCCCUGUUCUGUCGAGGGUGAAUGCAUCACCCAGUUCUUCCAUCCAUACAGGUCCUUCUGUUGGGAGCACCGCCCGCAGCAGGCAGUGGAGGCAGACCCAGAGGACACCACCACCUGCCUCAUCUGCUUCGAUCUUGUGGAGGACAGACAGUCCUACAGAACCCUGGUGUGCCCAGUGUGCAAACAUGCCUGGUUCCACAGGGACUGCAUCCAGGGACAGGCAAUGAGUGAUGGUUUUAUGCGUUUCCAGUGCCCGCUCUGCAGAGAUAAAGAUCUGUUUCGCCAGGAAAUGCACACCAUGGGGAUCCGAAUCCCCAGGAGGUUGUCUUUUUUUAAUCCUCAGCUCCCAACUUCACAGAGAACUUGGAAACAGGGCAGUGGGGGAAGAGGAGAGAUGCCCUGCGUCUGCCUUAAGCUGGGGCAGCACGGCAUCAUCAAUAUUCCUUUCUCCAUCAGACUGCCAUCAUUGGACCUCCAGGCCUUCUCAGAACUGUUUGCAAGGCACAGGCACUGCAAUGCCAGUGAGUGCCUUUGCCCAGGAGGCAGGGAGCAGGUGGAGGAAGAGGGGCCCUGGCAACUGCUCCUGUGCAGGUCCUGCGCUGCUGAGGGUACCCACAGGUUCUGCUCCAACUUGAGGAACAGCACAACCAGCUGGGAGUGCAACAGCUGUGUUGGCCCAAGCACUGGUAAAUGGCAAAGCAAACAAGCGUCCCUGGGCUGGGCAGCGUGCGCCCACGGUGGGCUUGGCAGUCUCUGCCCCAGGAUGUCUGGUGGCUUGCUCUGGCCUGUCGUGCCCAAGCCUUGGGGACCAUGCUCUUGA